UGUGUUAAGUGUGUCAUUGUCAAGACAUUAUUGACGAUUGGAAUGGAACUGGAAUAGCGGCUUAGCCUAUUAAAAUUAUUGUUAGUUCUCAUAAUUAUGCCAAAAAUAAAGGAAUAAACAAGACACUUUAGAUAGUAAAGUGUUAUCUUUCUAUCUUUAAACAAGUACAGGGACUUUUGUUUUAAUAAGUACAGAUUUUAAUCAUGGCUUACCAUUACUCUGAUAUGGGUAUGACAACAGAUAUUAUGAAUGAACAAUACAUUCCGGAAUACGCCAGAUCAUAUAUGAUCCAAAAUCCUGAUGCUGAUUACGAGGUUCGUAGUUCGGUGCUGGUUGACGGCGGAGACAGGUUUGGUGUAUCGGCUGUGACGUUUGAUAAAUUUGAAGAAUUAAUAUGGAUGGGAAAUGCUGGUGGCCAUGUAACAUCAUAUUAUGGACCACAAAUGAGAAAGUACACAUCAUUCCAAGUUCACAUGACUGAAGAAAUAAGGGACAUCAUAACUCUUGAUCAGGGUCUCUUUAUACUGUCUAAAACACAGUUGAGACAUCAAAUUCGCAGAGGAUUACCUAAACAUACACACACCUCAGAGAAUAUGACAGAAAUGCAGUGUCUCUUCCAACCCAGCCCUACCAAACUACUGAUGGGUGGACACCAAGACAAACUCAUCGAUUUUGAUGUCACAAAGAUGACUGAGUCUGUUAUUCCAAUUCCCGAGGAUGGGUGUGCUGUUCUCCGUAGUGGAGGUGGUUCGUUGGUGGCUUGUGGAAGUGCGAAUGGAACAGUGUCAUUGAGAGAUCUUAGAACUCCUGUUGUAGCGGAACACACUUUUAAGGCGCAUACCGCUUGCCUGUCUGAUUUGGAUAUGCAAGGGGACUUACUUAUUACCUCUGGUUUUGCUCAAGCAGGAACAAUGGCAGUGGCAGAACAGUACGUAGUAGUGUGGGAUGUACGUCACCUGAAAGGCACGGGCGCAUGGACUAUCCCAGUAGCCUCACCACCAUUCCUCUUGCAUUUCUUGCCAGCUAUAUCUGGCAGAGCUCUGGCGAUGGCCAGCGCGGGACAUGUUGCCUUGUUGCAUGUGAACGAUAGGAGUGAGUCGGAGAAACAGUCCGUGUUCCAGGUGGACACACAAGGUUCAUUCUGCAGUGUAAUGGAUGUAUCUGGAACCAGCCAAGCUUUCGUGUUCGGAGACCAAGCCGGCCAUUUACAUUUGUUCUCAUCCAAACACAAUAAUGAGCCGGUUUUCAAUAACUUUUCCAGAGAGACUGAAUUCGCAACACCAGUGAGGUUGCCAUACGCGAACGUAAACGAUGCCUCGUUCAGGUUCUCGUCGGUGCCGCUGCCGCCGCUCACCACUGGCACCAAGUGGUUCCAUGAACUGCCCGAGGAGUUCUUCAAGAAAGUCUUCAGAAAGCCAAAGCCCAUAGAUCCAGAAGUAUUGAAGACAAUGAAAAUGAAAGGACCUAUUGGGUAUGCACCUAACCCGGGAACAAGAAGGCGUAAUGAGUAUCCAUAUAUAGAUGACAACAUGGAAGAUUUGCAUCGAUGCAGACUCCACGACACCACAGCUAAUACCAAGCCCAUUCCCAAGGAAUAUCAGAAGUUGGAAAUCAGAUACAAUAAAAACGAACCGAAUGAAGAAUUGGAGAACUGCAAUAGAACCGGAUUGCCGAGCAUUGAAGCUACGUUGCCGAACUCGUACUGCAAUCCUAUGAUACAGAUCCUCUACAACAUGCCACCAUUGAAGUCGACGCUGAUAGCUCAUACUUGCGCCAAGGAGUUUUGUCUCACUUGUGAAUUAGGUUUCCUAUUCCGAAUGUUAGACACGUCUGGAGGAGCCCCGUGUCAAGCGAAUAACUUCUUACGUGCGUUUCGCACUGUACCCGAAGCGGCCGCAUUGGGACUUAUACUCCCCGAUCGAGGGAGCGAUAGGAAAGUCGAUCUUGUUGCCUUGAUACAGAGUUGGAACAGAUUUAUUCUUCAUCAAAUACAUUACGAGCUUCUGGAAACGCGUAAGAAAGAAAAGGAGUUAGCGAUAUUAGCCCAGAACGCGAGCCCACCAAAACCAGCGAGACUGAGAAAUAGCUUGAAGAAGCAGAUGAAUGGACAAUUUGAGGAGUACCAGUAUACGGAGUUGGAGUUCCUUGGUCCUUCGGAAUAUGAGCACGAAUAUAGGAACGGAUUGGACGAGAAGUGGAAAGAUGUGAAUGGUAUUGAUGAAGGAAGCGUUGGUAAGGAUAAUCUUCAGGGCUCAAUGGACAAAGAACUGUCGAACCACACAAAUUCCGAGAGAGAAGAGUCUGAAAUUUCGAAGCUGUUCGCGAUCGCACGACAACAGCUGAACAGAUGCCUUAAGUGUAAUAAGGAGGAAGAGCGCGAGUCCGUGGUGCUAGCGUGCGCGCUCCAGUACGCGUCGAGCCGCGACGGCGAGCGCACCGGCGGGUUCCUGGAGCUGGUGCGCGCCUCGCUGUGCGCGCGCCGCUCCACGCCCGCCUGGUGCGAGCGCUGCUCACGGUUCACGCCCACCACGCAGCGGGGGAGGCUCGUGAGGUUGCCGCCAAUUUUAGCGAUCAAUUGUGGCGGAGUGUCGGCUGAGGAAAAGGCUUAUUGGACAAAAGGGCCUCCUAAGGAAGUGGCGGAUCCAACGAAACGCGGGGGCAAUGGUAAACCCUGUCGUUACGGGUUGCAUUGCUCUCGACCCGGAUGCAGAUUCAAACACCCCGAAAGGCCGUCUAGUUCGAGCCAGGUGAACUCAAAGAGCGAGACGCAAGACAUCAGCUGUAUCAUUCCGCUUCAGUUACACAUACGGCUGCAAUCUGAUGGGGAUAUUGUUAUUAAUGACAAGAUUGAAUCGCAAACAGACAAGCAAGAGAAACAUAAAAAGAAACCGAAUUGUACACACUCUGAAGCCGAAUACACGUUAACUGCUGUGGUGCUAUGUAUCGAAGACAACCCUAAGAAUCUCGUCGCUUACGUCAGAAUAGCGGACAAGGGGGAUGCCAAUUGGUAUUUGUACAACGAUUUGAGCAUAGUGCAAGUGGCGGCGGAGGAGGUGUCGCAGUGCGGCGCGUGGUGGAAGUCGCCGUGCGUGCUGUUCUACACGAGCGCGCGGCUGCUGCGCGCCGGCGACGCGCGCGCGCUCUCCUAGCUGUUGUUCUACGGGCCGUUCGCUUUUUGCAACGGCCCAGGUGAAGAAGAUGUCAAAUAUAUUCGAUAAAUAUUUGAAACGCUUCUCAAAUGUCCAAUAAGGUUAUUCUUGAUAGGUAUUUAUAAUGCGAGUGCAUUAAGGAUUUUAAAAUUAAGAUAAAGCUGUUUUCCGUUGCAUUUAAAACGAAACGACAAAGCUUUCCGGGCUUUGUGCGGUGAAAAAAUGAAUCGAGAUGUAGUUUAAAUCACUCAAAGAACUACAAAAGUAGUGCAAUAAGCGUAUGCAUAAUUACGAAAGAAAUUUUACGAUAUCUGCCUUCAGAGACCUCUUGUGUUCACGUUUAAUGAGUAAUUGUAUAACUGUAAGGCCAAGUUAUAUCUAUCUAACGAUAAUCGCAUUUUCGUAUUAGUACAUAUCUGUGUAUGAGAAUAUGAUCACUUCUUGGUCCAAUGGAAAGCGUGUUAACAUUAAUCAAGCAGUUUUCUGUUCGAUUGCCCGAUAUCAUAAUGACUUGUAUGGAAAAUUAUCCAAUAAGAAUCUGAAGAAACGUUUCAUUAUAUAUCCCUCUCUUUCUAACACUCUAAUAUAGCAUUUGCUAGAGCGAGGUAAAUGGUUUGCCUUGGCCCACGAUUGUGAAGAUGAAUAUGCGAAUGAUAGAUCUAACUUGACUCUUGAUAGGGCCUAUAUAGAAUUAUUGCCUUGUUAUAAAGUCAUUGUUGUCACUAACUAAAUACUUCUAUCUCGCUUUAAAAACGUAUGAAACAUUAUAUAAUUAUUGUGACAUUAUUAUUUUAACUCCCAAUUAUUUUCUAUAAAUCUAAUCUAAACUGGAUGGAGAAUGUAGGUAUUAAUAAAUCACAGUUAAAAAUCUAGUUAUCUUUUCUACCUAUAUACGAGACUAAAAGAAGCAUUAUUUGUAACAUCAAUAUAUUUCAGUUGUACGUUGUUAGAGCGAGACAGCGAUAACCGAUAUAAUGUUUUUAUUAUUAUUAUAUACGUCAAUAGACCAUAAUGAAACAUACAUUUGUGAGUUAUGCAGACUAAAUAAAUUUACAUAGAUAUAGAUAUUUUCCAAUACUGAAUAAAGAAAGCAAUACAGAAACACCACGGUUCGAAUAUUAGCAUAAGUAGCGUUAUAGAUAAAUUAUUUGAUUUUGCUAGGUAAAAGGUUCCAUUAAAUUUAGGCACAAACAUUAGUGAUAAACUAUUUUAAUCGUAGGAAGGCUAGCUUAAAUGUUUCUCGAGUUGAACAAACAAAUGCUGAAUAUAGUUAUAUUGAUCUGAAGCUGGGGUAUUCAUGUUUUCUACAAUUGGAUAUCAAUAUAUUCUAAAUAAAUAAAUAAAGGUUUCUUAGUAGAAGUAACAAAUACGAGUGCUGGAGGGAAAGAAAGUCAAUAUGUAGCUAGUAACGCGAAUUGAUGAAAAGUACGAAGUAAUGGGUUGUCUUAUGGACUUUAAUUUCAUCUUUACUUGUAUUUUGUUCAUUCAUAAUGGAUAGUCAUUUUAUCACUCCCAUUUUGUUAAUAUGAUCUUUACAUGUAAAUUUGGCUUGCGAAGUAAUUCCGAUAUGCAUUUGUAGAAAAUAUAGAAAAAACUCAGCAUAAUAAUAUCUUCCAAAGUACGAUGACUCACACAGAAUUAAAAGGGAGAUAACCUAUAUUUCUAAUUAUUUUUAUACAAA